AAUCGCCAUCUUGUGCACCACAUGACCUCGUUGCCGUGUCCCGUGACCAGCUCACGUGAAUUUUGACAAAUUCAAACGUUUUUGGUAGAAAAAAAAAUGGAUAUUUUGGAGCAGCAUCUCGAACAGCAGGAUGUCAGGUAGUGUUUAUGUUAAAUAUCGACUGGCUGAUAAUGCGAACACCUAUCCCUCCUGUUUCGCUCGAGGUCUCCUCAAGGUCAUCACGUAGUGCACUGUGCGCACUUACAAGACUUAGGACAACGGUCGUGGAACACUGUUCACGCGAAGGAUGACGGGGGCACGGGAAUUGUUAUUGAGGAAGCGGAAAUCGUAGAUUGCGAAGGAGAACCUGUCGGGGAAGAUGGAAUGCGUUACCAAGAAGCUCUUGCUUAUAGAGUGGUCCAAGUAAAUGGCGCUACUGCUGGCAAUGAAAUAGAACUGCCAGUUACCCAACCAGGAAAUAAUACUGUACAAGUCCUAACAUCCCCGUUGAAUGGACAAUUUUAUGUCAUUGGAAAUGCUAAUGAUGUUUUCACUACUGCGCAAACAUCUAGAUCACUGGUUCCUAGGACCACUACAUUACAAAUAGAAACACCAAGAAAUUGUACUACUGUUUUGAAAAAGAGAGAUGACAGAAGAAGAGCAACUCAUAAUGAAGUCGAACGUAGACGAAGAGACAAAAUAAACAAUUGGAUUACAAAAUUGGGAAAAAUUAUUCCCGAGUGUAAUGCAGGUGCAAACAGCACUGGUAGUGGCAGUGGUGAAGGAAAGGCAAAUUAUGAAACUCAGAGCAAAGGUGGAAUUUUAUCAAAGGCCUGUGAGUAUAUAACGGAAUUAAGAGCAGCAAAUCAGGGGCUAGGUCAGUGUUUACGCGAUAACGAAAAAUUACGACAAGAAAUAACUGCUUUGAAACAAGUUGUUACACAAUUGAAACGUGAGAAUCUUCAGCUCAGGUCACAAAUGUCACCCUCCACAGGAACGAAUGUUGAUGUUGUUCAUUUGAGUCCUUAAAAGAUUAUUAGUUUGUAAUGCAAUGCUUCUUUUGUAAAUAUUAGGAUAUACAAUCUGACCAUACAAUGGUCAGAAGAAGUACUCUAUUUACUCUUACAAUUUUUGGUUUCAUAGGAACCACACCAAAUUUUAUCAUAUUGAAAUUCUGUUCUUUGAAGUAUAUUGCAUGGUCCUAAUGGUAUGGUCGUAACUAUCAUUAUAAUCUUGUAUACUUGUACGCGACAUCAUUCAUGUUGCGUUUAAAUUGAACUUUCCUCUUUAAUGCUUAUUAAAUUAUUUGGUAUUGGAUAUUUGAACAUUUUGCCCUGUUAAGAUCUUGAUUGCGUAUUCAUGAGUAUAUCAUGGAUAUUUGCUAAUUAUCGAAUACUGGUGAAGUUAUGACUAUCCCUUAUAGAACCUAUAAAAAAAAGAAUUUUAUAUUUAUGUAUGCAUAUGCAUUGGAUUGAAUUACCUCGUGUACGACGAACGAGCCAAGGCUGUGAAUAUUGAGCAUUGAUUUGUAACUUUCGGAUAUAUAAUUUCAAACGAUGUAACCAAAGUUAAUUUGAAAAAAGAAGCAAGAAGAACAUUCAGUUGCAAUACAAACAAAAAAAUGCGAUGCAAAUUAUACAUAUAUAACAACUGCAUCUUUACAGAGAUCGUUAAAUAUUUUUUAUUUUUAAUAAUGUUUUAAUGAGCGUAGAGUAGGUAUUUCCGUAAAAGAAAAUGAUCUAAAUAAUGAGAAUAUAAAAUAGACUAUCGCACACGUAUGGAUGUGUAUAUAUAUUUAUAUAUGCAUAUACAUACACGUGUGUGUACAUAUGGAUAUACGUACGCAUAUAGCAAUAAACAUAUUUUUUUCAACCCAGGAUUUUGAACUCUACGAUGAUGUGU